GGUGGGUGGUGUGUCGAGAAUUACUCCAAGAUGUCGGGAGGCACAGUCCUUGUUGCGCCGGGUGAAUCUUCUGGCAUGGAGGAGCCAAAAAAGAUGACCAGGGAAGACUGGAGAAAGAAAAAGGAACUUGAAGAACAGCGGAAGUUGGGUAAUGCCCCGGCUGAAGUGGAUGAAGAAGGAAAGGACAUCAACCCUCACAUCCCUCAGUAUAUUUCCUCAGUCCCCUGGUAUGUAGAUCCUUCCAAAAGGCCAACUCUGAAGCACCAGAGGCCCCAGGAUGAGAAGCAGAAAGAGUACACACUAUUGGGGGAAUGGUUCAGAAAAGGAGUUAAGGAGGGGAUAAUUGCAACAAAAUAUCGGCAGGGAGCUUGUGACAACUGUGGCUCUAUGACACAUAAGAGGAAGGACUGUUUUGAGAGACCUCGUAAAGUUGGAGCCAAAUUCAACGGUAUGAAUAUCGCUCCAGAUGAGCAUGAGCAACCACAGCUUAUGUUGGAUUAUGAUGGCAAGAGAGACCGGUGGAAUGGCUAUAACCCAGAAGAACACCAGAAGAUAGUAGAAGAGCAUGCCAAAGUGGACUUGGCAAAACGUACAUUGAAGGCUCAGAAACUGCAGGAGGAGCUGGCAUCAGGAAAGCUUUCAGAACAAGUUAGUUCUCCAAGACACCAGUGGGGAGAAGAGGAACAGAAUGCUCAGAACGAUGGAGACCGUAACAGUGAAGAUGAGGAUGAGGAUAAAUACGCAGAUGACAUUGAUAUGCCUGGACAGAACUUUGAUUCCAAGAGACGAAUUACAGUCAGAAACCUGCGUAUUCGUGAGGAUACUGCCAAGUACUUGAGGAAUUUGAAUCCAAACUCUGCAUACUAUGAUCCCAAAACCAGAGCCAUGAGAGAAAAUCCGUAUUCUGAUGCAGGAAAGAAUCCAGACGAUGUCAGCUAUGCUGGUGAUAAUUUUGUACGUUACUCUGGAGCCACAAUUGCUAUGGCACAGACACAGUUGUUCGCCUGGGAGGCCUAUGAAAAAGGAUCCGAUGUCCAUCUUCAGGCUGAUCCCACCAAACUGGAAGUUUUAUGCAAAUCUUUUAAAGUAAAGAAGGAGGACUUCAAGGAUGAACAGAAAAAGAGCAUCCUGGAAAGAUACGGAGGUCAGGAACACCUUGAUACUCCACCUGUGGAGCUCCUUUUGGCUCAGACUGAGGACUACGUGGAGUACUCCAGACAUGGCACUGUCAUAAAGGGACAGGAGAAAGCAGUAGUACGUUCCAAGUAUGAGGAGGAUGUUCUUAUCAAUAAUCACACGUGUAUUUGGGGCUCAUACUGGAAAGACGGAUGGUGGGGCUACAAAUGUUGCCACUCAUUUGUUAAGAUGUCUUAUUGCACCGGCGAAGCUGGGAAAAACAUCAGUAACGUUGAUCUUUGUGAAGAGGAAUUGCAAGAACCAGAGGAGAUGGCUAAACCAAAGACCCUAGUGGAGAUCCACCAGGAAAAGAUGAAAAAGAAAAAGAAGAAGCACCGUAAGAGUGGAGAUUCUGACAGUGAAAGUGAUGAGAAGAAGAAGGAGAAGCUAAAGAAGGCUUUGAACGCUGAGGAGGCACGUCUUAAGCAGGUACAGGAAAUGAUGCAGGUGGAUGAGAGGAAGAGAGCAUACAACUGUAUGUAUGAGACACGGGAACCUACAGAAGAAGAGAUGGAGGCAUUCAGAAUGAAACGCCAACGGCCGGAUGACCCAAUGGCCUCCUUCCUGGGACAAUAGUGGAGGGCGUCUGCAACAUUUUGUAGAAUCCUUUAUUGCUAGACAAUAUCUCUGUUUAAUUGCAAAACAACAUGUGCAAUAAAUCUCUUGAUUAUACUGUGUAUAGAUGUAUAUUUCUGUUCUCAAUAAA